CGUAAACAUUGGUGGAUAACUUCUGAAUUGGAGAAGCGCCAAUGAUGUGGGCCGAUGUUCGCAAGUACGGAAACCUGCUUCCUAUGCUCACGCAUUUUUUCUUUGCAUGUUCCAAGCCAACCAUGGGUGAUCCACCUCCAGCAUGUUUCACUCCCUAUCUUCAAUCGAGGGGCAUAGGUACAAUCGUUUUACGUGUCCAAUACCCUUUACCGCGCGUGCUACUCAAUGGGGGGGCCUCCAUCUCGCUUAGCGAUACGAGAAAACAUCAGACCAUAGUGGCCUUGUGCUACAGCACCUGUCUGCAUGCAAAGUGUUCUCGUCAGGCCCAAUCACAAUUUUCUUUACUUUUUCUCGACUGCUUUUACCGUCCUGCAAUCUUCUGGCCCCCCCUCAACAACAAAACGUCCUGGUUCGCAGACUUGCGAUUCGUCCGAUGCGGACUGAACAGCAUACACCAACUGCGAGGCAUCUGUCUGAUCGUCGCCAAAAAGCACCAGAAGAUCCACCGGCUAUCUCGUGAUCCUCGAAUGAGAUUACCGAGAUCUCGUCCUUGACUGUCAAGCUUACGCUCCUACCUGCAUCCACUUGACGGCGUAAGCACUCCCGUCUGACAGCAAUCUAUGGUACGGCAGUAAGGGAAAUGCGGCUAUCUUUGGCCCGCCUUAGCCUGGCGUGCUUGGUUGCAAGUGUGGCUUGCCUGACUGCCAAAUGCAUUCGUCGUCAAGCAUCGAACGUAGAGAUCGCCAAGGGACGGCUCGCGCGCGUUUGGGCAGUGUGUACUGCGGGGCGAAACUGGACGAGAGAGAGGGCGUUUCCCGUGUGCACUCCAAUUGAGGGCUUCGCUCGAACCACUGCGCUUAAAUGUUGG